AACCGUCACGAGCUUUCGUGCUCUGUUUUUUUUUUUCUCUCCACUCGUUUAAAUAUUCAAUCUUUAGAUCAAAUUCGAUUCAACAAACAAGAAAAUUUGAAUUCUCUCUCAAAUUUCGUCGGAGAUUUGUUUCAAUGGAGUGGAUUCGAGGAGAAACAAUCGGAUACGGAACUUUUUCUACAGUAAGUCUAGCGACGCCGUCUAAUAACGUUUCCGGCGAGUUUCCUCCGUUAAUGGCCGUAAAAUCUGCAGACUCAUACGGCGCUGCUUCGCUGGCAAACGAGAAAUCAGUUCUAGAUAAACUCGGAGACGAUUGCAACGAGAUCGUACGGUGUUUCGGCGAGGAUCGGACGGUCGAAAACGGAGAAGAGAUGCAUAAUUUGUUCUUGGAGUACGCUUCUAGAGGAAGCUUAGAGAGUUAUCUCAAGAAAUUAAGCGGUGAAGGUCUACCGGAAUCCACCGUACGCCGUCACACAGGAUCAGUGCUUAGAGGACUACGACACAUCCAUGGUAACGGAUUCGCUCACUGCGAUUUAAAACUCGGGAAUAUUCUGUUGUUCGGUGACGGCGCCGUUAAGAUUGCUGAUUUUGGAUUGGCUAAGAGAAUUGGGAACGUAACGGCGUUAAAUGAUGGAGUUCAGAUUAGAGGCACGCCGUUGUAUAUGGCGCCGGAGUCUGUUAACGAUAACGAGUACGGAUCAGAAGGUGACGUGUGGGCUUUAGGAUGUGCUGUAGUUGAGAUGUUUAGUGGCAAAACGGCAUGGAGUUUAAAAGAAGGAUCGAACUUCAUGUCGUUGUUGAUACGCAUCGGUGUUGGUGAUGAGCUUCCGAUGAUUCCCGAGGAGUUGUCGGAACAAGGAAAAGAUUUUUUGUCAAAGUGUUUCGUUAAAGAUCCCAAAAAGAGAUGGACGGCUGAGAUGCUUCUACACCAUCCAUUUGUAGCCGUCGAUCUUGAUUACGACGGUUUAGUAGAAGAAGAAGACUUCGUUGUUAAGCUGAAAACAGAGGAAGUCUCGUCAUCGCCGAGAUGUCCAUUCGAAUUUCCCGAUUGGGUUUCGGUUUCUUCCGGUUCACAAAUGAUCGAUUCGCCGGAGGAGAGAGUUACGAGUUUGGUGACUGAUUUGAUCCCUGAUUGGUCUGUCACCAAGAGCUGGGUCACCGUACGGUGACGAUAGUGAUUAAAAAACAGGGGACAAAAACAGAGUUGCAGAGAAAGGCUAGAGCUUUUUUUUUAAUUCCUAGUCAGAUCCAACAAUUCUAAUUUAAUUCGUUGUAUAAAUAUUUGUUAUUACU